AUGCUUCAGGAAGCAAAGCAAAUCUGCUACGACGAAGGACAGCAUGCGAUUCAUAUCAUUUGCUGGACAAGAGAGCUAGCUGCAAAGUGGAGCACCGUUUUUACCUCAUUGCAAUUCCCAGACGGAAUUCUUAACGAGCAACCACGUGAUCGUUACCAUAUUCGUCUCCUCAAUAUCUCUCGUUUCAUGGAUGAGGCAGCCAUUGAUAUGUUUUUGCAAGCGCACUUCAGCGGAACGUACACGACUUGGCAAGAGCCAUGCACGGGAUAUAACAAUGUGCUGCAGACGGAUACAUGGGACAUAUUCUUUAAGUGCCACACAUGUCCUCAAUUUUUGGACAGCAAACCAUUCAUCAACUGGAAUGGCACUAAGAUCCUCGUGCACCAUGUUAGUAAGUCGGCCUCACCACCGUGUUUUUCAUGUGGUGCCAAAGGUCAUCUACGUACGGUAUCUUCAAAGAGCUAG